AUGGCGACCCCUCAGGUGAUCUCGAAUUCUGGGCACGAAGAGAUGAUUCAUGAUGCUGGUCUCGACUACUAUGGCCGCCGUCUCGCGACAUGCUCAUCCGACAAAACGAUAAAGAUCUUCGAAAUUGAGGGGGAAUCACACCGACUGGUCGAGACACUGAAGGGCCACGAGGGUGCCGUGUGGUGUGUCGCAUGGGCUCACCCCAAGUUUGGCACCAUCCUGGCCUCGUCCUCGUACGAUGGCAAGGUUCUCAUCUGGCGUGAACAGCCUCAAAAUGCGACCUCCCCAUCCAGUGGUAGCACUUGGACUAAGGUCUUCGAUUUCUCCCUGCACACUGCCUCCGUGAACAUGGUCUCUUGGGCUCCUCAUGAGAGCGGAUGCCUUCUUGCCUGUGCCUCCUCCGAUGGCCAUGUCAGCGUUCUCGAGUUCCGCGACAACAACUGGACUCACCAGACCUUCCACGCCCACGGAAUGGGUGUCAACUCUAUCAGCUGGGCCCCCGCUGCCUUCGCUGGUAGCUUGAUCAGCUCCAACCCUGGACCCGGUCAACAGCGCCGCUUCGUGACCGGUGGAAGUGACAACCUGGUCAAGAUUUGGGAUUACAACGCGGAAUCCAAGUCCUACAACCUCACACAGACCCUCGAGGGCCACUCAGACUGGGUCCGUGAUGUCGCCUGGUCCCCGAGCAUUCUCUCCAAGUCCUAUAUCGCCUCCGCCUCGCAAGACAAGACCGUUCGCAUCUGGACUUCCGACCCUUCAAAGCCGGGCGAGUGGUCUAGCAAAACAUUGGAGUUUGACUCUGUGCUGUGGCGUGUUAGCUGGAGUCUCAGCGGUAACAUUCUGGCUGUCAGUGGUGGCGAUAACAAGGUCAACUUAUGGAAGGAGAACCUCAAGGGUGAGUGGGAAAAAGUGAAGGACAUCGAAGAAUAG